GUUCUACGCAGGCGCGCACGUCGCGCAGGCGCACUCGUCUGACAGGAGCAGCCGGAGCCGGGGGGCUUGGCUGCUGGGCGGCCCGGCGGCGGAGCGAGGACCUCCGCGGGUUCUCCUUCCCGAUGGCUGCCGCCCUUCUGGUGGCGCUCUACGAGUACUCGCCGCUCUUCUACAUCUCCGUGGUGUUCGUCUGCUUCUUGGUCACCAGCGGCCUGGUCAUGGGCUGGUUUGGGUGGGAUGUUCCUGUGAUUCUGAGAAACUCGGAAGAAACUGAAUCAAACGUGAAAGUGUUCCAGAAGCAGAUGCGACAAGUGAAGAACCCCUUCAGCUUGGAAAUUCAAAACCCAGCAGCAGCUUCAGCUGCAAGUGGCAUCACCCUAAUGCUUGAUUGUCUGGAAAACUGUCUCCUUACCUGCUACUGGGGUUGCAGUGUGCAAAAGCUCCACGAAGCCCUGCAGAAGCAUGCCUAUUGUUUCCGGAUUAAAACCCCCCAGACGUUUGAGGAUGCAUUGCAGAAUGAGUAUCUCUACUGCCAGCAGUACUGCAUUAAAAAACCUGACAAAGAGGAAACGUGUUGUCAGUUGCCGGAAGAGGCACACAUCACUGACUUUGGCCCUGUGCCUCGAUCGCGGUACCCACUGGUAGCACUGCUGACCUUAGCUGAUGAAGACAACAGAGAGAUCUAUGAUAUUAUUGCGAUGGUGUCCAUAAUUCACAUUCCUGAUGACAGUUACAGGCUUCCCUGCAGAAUACUCUAUCAGUACCUCCUCCUGGCUCAAGGUCAGCUUCAUGAUCUAAAGCAACUCUUCAUGUCUGCCAACAACAGUGGCUCCCCUUUGAACGUCCCUCCUCCAGGAGAGAGAACCAGAGUUGGCCAGCUGCUCGAAAAGGCUGGGUUGGAAGAGGAUGAGCCGGAGUUGCCGGAGGAAGGCUGCAAGGACUGCAUCGUCUGCCAGAACAAGGCAGUCAACUGGGUGCUGCUCCCUUGCAGGCACACCUGCUUGUGUGACGACUGCAUCCCCUAUUUCCAGCAGUGCCCCAUGUGCCGGCAGUUUGUGGGAGAGUCCUUCCCCCUGUGUGGCCAAAAGGAAGGGGACCACAGAAGUUAGAUGGAGGCGUACGUCUUGGAGAAGAGCUGAGAUCCGGCAGCUGUGUUUGGAACAGGGGAAAGGCCCUUUUUGUGUGCUGUCUUCCACUUGGAGUGCUGGUGGUCCAUGAGUAGACCAGAUCGGAAGCAGUGUUUGCUGUUCCCCUUAGCAAUCCAUCCAGAAACAAAAACGUUACAGCUUGUGGAUGCAGGAGCAUGAUUCUUGCCUUCUGGAGCAGUGUGAAAGGGCAAUCGUGGCAGGCAAAAGCAAGAUGUUGAACUUGUAUGCACGUGUGCGCACACCACACACACACAGACACAGAGCAACGUCUUGAGUAUUUUCAUGAAGUCUUAUUCAGAGGCUUAUUCCGACAAACUGACACAGAGAGAACUUGCCAGAAAAGAUACCCCCUUGGGGGACCUAGCUUAAUAUUCUUUAUUUAUAUAAAUGCUCAAGCAAGUAAUGUUAGGAUAGUUUGACUUCCAGCUGUUAGCAGCCUUGCGCUUUAAGUCUUAGCAAACAGAAAAGGAGAAAUAUAUAUAUAUAUACACACACACUAGUAAAAGAGCUUGCCAUCUGCAAGCGUAUGAACAUUA